AUGCUAUACGAGCUCGAUCAGGGCAACUCGACCCUGGCCGCUGCGUACCUGGAGGAGCGGGCCUGGCAAUACGACCCGACGCUCCCCGCGACGCCCAACAAGCGGCCUGCCUCUGAUGAACUCGCCUUCAUCGUCAUCUGCGCAGACUCCUACGACGCGCCGUUGCCUCCCGACGGUCUCGCCUGGUGGGAGCCUCUCUGGGCCAACAUGUCGUCUCAGUCCUGGGUCGCGGGCAACUCGCGUUUCUUUGACGUCUUCCCCUGCCAGCAGGUCCACAAGUACUGGCCUGAGCCGGUGGACGUCUACCGCGGGGACCUAAACCACACGCUCAAGAACCCGAUCCUGUUAAUUGCGGAGACGUAUGACCCGGCCACACCGCUGCGUAACGGGCGUAGGCUGUUGAACGAGAUGGGGCGGAACGCGAGAUUGAUUGCGCAUCAUGGGUAUGGGCACUCGUCAAGGGAUACGUCUGAUUGUACGGAAGGGAUUGCGAAGCGGUAUAUCCUCGAGGGCACGUUGCCGGAUGAAGCGGAGACGAAGUGCUAUGCCAACGAGAAGCCGUAUCUGUAUGGCGUCAAGGAUAAGAGUGUGAAGACUGCGGCUGAUGAGGGCUGGGACCCUGUCGCUGCGUGGCGUGAGCAUCAGCGAGAGGUAGCUCACAUGCGAAAUUUCAACAGAAACCUGAUGCGAACGCAGUUUUCGAUCAACGAGACAAUUUGA